AUGUUCCAAAGAAAGCAAUUGAAAAAACAAAUUGAUACUUGGGAAAUAAAGUUUUUCAUUAAAGUAAUCCCAAGUCAAAAGAACAAAGAAAAAAGUCAAGCCGCCGCGCCGGAGGACGAGGCCGACGUAGUCUCAUCUGUUAUCGGUGAAUAUGGGCGCUGGCAACUGCUUAUGACGUUCCUUCUUGCCAUGUUCUCAUUUCCCUGCACAUUCCAUAUUUAUUUACCUACAUUUACAGUAAAAUCAACGAAGUUCUGGUGUCGGUUACCGGAUAACCUUGCGGGCCUACCUAUACAGGACUGGAUCAACUACAGUCAGCCAGUCGAUGCCUGUUAUGUCCGUGUGUUACCAGAUGGCAUUACCGCAGAGAGUAUUUUAAACUACACAGCACCAGUACUGGACUCCUUUCAGAAGUGUCAAGAAUGGGAUUUUGAUAGAUCCGAAAUUGGAGAUACAAUCAUAUCGGAAUGGAAUCUAGUCUGCGAUAGAUCGGGGUUGACGAAUCUUGCCGAAGUAAUGUUUCUAAUUGGUGUCGGAUUCGGAGGUGUUAUAGGCGGUUGGAUCUCUGACAAAUUCGGCAGAAAGCGCAUCCUAAUGAGCCUUAUGUGUCUUCAGUGUACCUUAGCAAUACUUUCGUUUUUUGUUCGCUCCUAUGUCCAAUACGUCAUAGUGCGACUCCUCAUGGGAUUGGUCUCAGUGCCGGUGGUCUUCGCUGCCUUCGUACUUUCCGUCGAACUCGUCAGCGGUAAAUGGGUGACGAUUGCCGGCGUCUGCAAUUUCUUUCCCCUACCGCUGGCCUACAUAAUAGUAUCACUCCUGUCACUACUGCUACCAAAUUGGAGAGACUUGCAAAUGGCUCUAUCACUACCAGGGUUUAUACUGUUAAUAUUAUGGUUUAUUUUGCCCGAGUCACCACGAUGGUUGAUAGGUAGAGGAAGAACUGAAGAAGCUAAAGAAAUAAUUAUCAAAGCCGCAAAAUUCAACAGACGCGAAAUUCCAGAAGAAUUAGAUAAAAUGCUUAUGAUGAGUAAACCAGAAACAGAAGCUGAGCAACCCAGCGUUCUUAUGCUUUUCAGAAGAGGUCUUCUAAAGCGUACAUGCUGUUUGUUCAUCGCGUGGUUUUCUAUGACAAUCGCAUACUACGGACUUUUAUUAAACAUUGGAAACUUUAAUUUAGGCAAUCUACACGUAAUGUCUAUUAUACUUGCCGUUGUUGAAAUACCAGCAAUUGCAGUGAGCAUUCCAAUAUUACUUAAAGCGGGAAGAAAAAUACCAAUCUUCAUCAGUAUGCUCGUGUGUGGGCUUGCAUGCGUUGCAAGCGAAUUAUUCUCAAUGGCCUUUGACCAUGAUUGGAUACUAAUCGCAUGUCUGAUGAUCGGAAAGUUUGCGAUCGGAUCUACGAACAUGAUGAUGCCGAUCUUCACAGCGGAGCUUUAUCCAAGUUUGAUAAGAAACCUGGGUGUCGGAUCUAGUCAAGUGUCGGCUGGGUUGGCGUUGAUUUGCAUUCCCUAUCUGUGGGAAUUGACGGCAUUGAACGAACAUCUGCCAAUGGUGACGAUAGCAGCAUUAAGCGCAGUUGGCGGUGGUAUUGUUUUACUCCUGCCCAAUACGACAAGUAUUAACGACAGCAAAAAGUAA